GACACACAACGUUUUAAGAUAAGAUUUGUCGUUUCUGACAGGGGACUUGAAGGUGUUUAUCAAACCUUAAGAACCAUCACAAGACCAUACCAACAUCUCCCUGAUUCUGUCAGUUUGUAUCAACUUUCAACAUGAGUUCCAGAGUGUUUGGUGGUCCAGAGAAAGAGGACGAGGAAGAGGAGGAAGAAGAGGAGGAGGAAGAAGAAGAAGAAGAGGGGAGGGUCAACCCAACAGAAGUGAAAAUGAGUCAGAUAGUGAUGCCAUGUCACAGCAACCACUGUCAGGAACUCAGUGUGGGGCAACUUCUAAAAUGGAUCGACUCCACUGCCUGCCUUUCUGCAGAGAGGCAUGCUGGGAGUCCCUGCGUCACAGCCUCCAUGGAUGACAUCCACUUUGAACACACCAUUAGAGUGGGUCAGGUGGUGAACAUCAGGGCAAAGGUCAACCGAGCCUUCAACACCAGCAUGGAGGUGGGCGUACAGGUGAGCUGUGAGGACCUGUUCUCUGACCGCCACUGGAGAGUUUGUCAUGCGUACGCCACCUUUGUUACCCAGCGCACAAACACAGGAAACAAGGUGAUCUUGAAGCCCGUUGUACCUCACACUCAGACCGAGCAGGUUGAAUACAGUGUGGCGGCUGAGAGACGGCGUGUACGAAUGCUCCAUGAUGACAUCAUCAAAGAUCUGCUCUCCCAUGGGUCAAUCCAGCAGGCUGACAGCUCUGCAGAAAGCAAUGCGAUGGCAGCAGAGAAGACCAAAGUGGAGAGUGUUGAACUGGUUCUACCACCACACGCUAAUCAUCAGGUGAGCACGUUUGGAGGACAGAUCAUGGCCUGGAUGGUGAAUGUUGCUACAAUUGCUGCCAGCCGUCUGUGUCAGGCUCACCCGACUCUGCGGACCAUCGACAUGUUCACCUUCAGAGGACCUUCUCAGGUUGGAGACAGACUGCUUCUGAGGGCUAUAGUCAACAACGCCUUCAAAAACAGCAUUGAGGUGGGGGUGCGUGCAGAGGCCUACCAGGGGGAGGGACCUAACCGACACAUAAACUCUGCCUUUAUGACUUUUGAGGUGCUUGAUGACCAUGGAAAGCCACGCAUGUUACCACGGAUACGACCUGAACCCCUGGAAGGGGAAAGGCGGUUUCAAGAAGCCAUAGCCAGGAAGAAGAUCCGAUUGGACAGAAAGUACAUCAUUUCCCGCAAGCAGGGUGAAGUUCCUUUGUCUGUACGCUGGGAUCCAAGAAACCAGGUGUAUCUGAGCUAUAACAAUGUUUCAGCUCUGAAGAUGUUGGCUGCCAGAAAAAACUGGCGCGUCAGCUCUGAGAAAGACAAAGUUCGUCUGUACACCCUGGAGCAGAAGUCCACGUUGAGUAUCAGGGUGGAAUCAGAGGUGGACGUUCCUGCUCAAAGAGCCUUCUGUCUGCUGGCUGAGCUGAGCAACAGACCCACCUGGGAUAAACAUUAUCAAAACUGUGAGCUGAUCUACCCGGUCGACGAUGAUGACUCCUUGUAUCGUGUGGUGACUCCAUCAGUGCAUGAGGGUGGAGUAGGCUCCUCUAACUCAGCCUGUCAGGGAGAAGGCGUUCUUCAGGACUUCAUCUUGUUGGCCUCUAACAGGAAGCCGUGUGGCAGCGGAGAUCCAUAUGUCAUCGCUCUGCGUUCAGUGUCUCUGCCCACUCACCCUCCGACUGAAGAAUAUCACAGAGGAGAGGUUCUGUGUGCAGGAUUCACCAUACUGGAGACCAAAAACAACAAGUCACUGAUCAGUUACUAUAACCAGGCGUCUCCAGAGGUUCUUCCAUACAUCUCCACAGAUAUCGCCGGCCUCUCCUCGUCUUUCUACCACACGUUCUGCUCCUGCAGCCAGUACCUGACGAGAAAGAGACUGCCCUCCAUCCCCUAUAUGCUGACAGGCCAAAACCCAGACUCGAGCACAGACAGUCCCACCUGUGACAACGAAGCGGACGGCCUGUCAGCGGCCCUCCACAGCACCCAGCUGUAGGAACUGUCUUGACAUGUUUCCAUCACAGAGAUGAGAGCGGCUCAAACUCUUCUACUACAUCAGUGGUUCUCAAAUGGUUGAGCCUCAGGACCCACCAUGUCAGACAUUUUUUCAAACAAUCUGAUUUGUUUGAAACACCAUCAGACGGUAGAAAGUGUGAUAGAACAGAGAAAGUUAACAAAGUGCUUCGCGACCCACUUUUGGGUCCAGACCCACCAGUUGAGAACCACUGUAACGACAUGGUACGAUUUACUCAGUCACAGAAAUCAGAGGACGAAGCUUGUAUACAAACUUCUGAGUCCUUUUUGUUUUGUGAUUGGAUGAUAGAAUAAUAGGAACAGAGACACUUAGUGCUAACUCUCAUAAUGAACCAGAGUCAUUUUAAGAUAAAAAAAAAAUUUAAACUCCGGGUGAACACAAAUUAAACAUUUAAAAAGGAAGGUAUGUUUUUGUAUUUUACUGAGGUGUGGGGUUAAUUUAGAGAAACAGCUGUUUGCACAAAGCAACAUCAGUCCUUUGUUGAUAACAUGAUUUUUUUAUUCAAUGCUUUCAUACAUAAGACUUCAAUAAACACUUUUUUAUUUUACUAAA